GGAGACAGAAUUUUUGGAACAGAACGCAUCCAAAUUUUAGUACUCAUUGGCCACAUGAAAUGUUUUUCAUAGGCUAAACUUGCUUCCGUUUUUUACUUUAUUUUAUUUUCUUCAAUUUAUCAUAGGGUUGUGCAUAAAUACAAGCAGCAAAGCUGAACCAAAAAGAAUACAAAAUUAUGGAUCUCCUUGAGGGAAGCGAAUUAUUUCAAGCUCAAUCCCACUUGUAUAAGCAUGUAUUCAACUACAUAAGUUCCAUGUCUCUCAAAUGCGCAGUUGAGCUUGGCAUACCUGAUAUAAUCCACAACCAUGGCCGACCCAUCACUCUCCCUGAUUUGGUCACAGCACUGGAGAUUCACCCAUCAAAAACUAGCUUCGUUUACAGGCUCAUGUCCCUCUUAGUACACUCCGGUUUCUUUGCUGCAACACUACCACUUGAUAAAAAUCAAGAACGAGGAAAUCACAAUGAAGAAGAAGAAGCAGAAGCAGCAUAUGAUCUCACCCCUUCUUCGAGGCUCCUCCUGAAAGAUAAGCUCCCAUGUCUGUCUCCACUUGUUCUUACGCUUUGUCCUGCUACUUUAGCUCCAUGGCAAUACUUCGGAAACUGGCUUAAAGGGGAUAACGGAACUACUCCAUUUGAAAUUGCACAUGGAAUGAAGCUUUGGGAAUAUGCAGAACAGAACCCUGCAUUUAACAGCCUAUUCAAUGAAGCAAUGGCCAGUGAUUCUGGGAUGCUGAACUUGAGUAUUAGAGACUGCGAACCUGUUUUCCAAGGCUUGGGUUCUUUGGUUGACGUAGGAGGAGGUACAGGAAAAGUUUGUAGGAUCAUCUCCGAGGCAUUUCCUCGGUUGAAGUGCACAGUGCUUGAUCUGCCCCAUGUUGUUGCUAAUUUACCAGACACAGAGAACGUGAAGUUUAUUGGAGGUGAUAUGUUUCACUUUAUCCCUCCAGCUGAUGCUAUUAUGCUUAAGUUGAUUUUACACGAUUAUAGUGACGAGGAAUGCUUGAAGAUUCUGAAGAAAUGCAGAGAAGCAAUUCCAAGCGAUGACGGAAAGGUUAUUAUCAUAGAUAUAGUAAUUAGCAAGGAUAGAGAGGAGCACCAAGUGACUGAAACAAAGCUGUGCUCUGACAUCUCGAUGAUGCUUAUGCUUACUGGAAGAGAGAGAAGCGAGAGAGACUGGGAAAAGCUCUUCCUUGAGGCUGGUUUCAGAAGCUUCAAGAUUUUACCCUUACUUGGUUUAAGGUCUCUAAUUGAGAUUUAUCCUUGAUUGGGAAUCCUCAUUCUACUUUGAAAAAAUUUUAGCAUGAUGAUAAGCAGUCUUAUAUUUAUUGUAAAUUUUUUUUUUUU